AUGAAAUUCUCGAUCGCUGUAUUGUCAUCAGUUUUGGUCGCUUGCUCGGUUACUACAGCCAAUCCAACUCUUCCCAGUUCGACUAUAGAUGCUGAAUUUAGCACCUCGACAGUUAUUCCCAGUGAAACUACAAAUGCUGAAUCUAGCACUUUGACAGCCAUUCCCAGUGCGACUACAAGUACUGAAUCUAGCCCUUUGUCAAUUCCUAAUGUAAACGGUAUAGGGCUACAUGGUCUUACUUCACUUCCAGACAAAAUCAAGGACCUGCUCAAAAAAUACACAAAACUAAAGCAGGAUUGUCCUAAACAAAAAAAAGUAUGUGACUUGAUAGAAUCUCAAUUUUUCGAGCAUAAGAAACUGGUAAAGAAACUGGAAAACAAGGUUACCGAUUUGAAACUUGAACUGGAAAAUGAGGAUUCAAGUCAUGAUCACAAUAAUGAAAUGGAAAAGUAUAUGCUUGAUCUCGAGGGCCAAUAUUUCCUAUAUUUAGAUUUUGAAAAAGAGGAUGAAAAGUGCAAAGCUGAGAGUACUCGUCUUGAAGGUCAGCUGAAGGUCAUUAAAAUACAGCUCGUGAAGCUCGUUUUCGGAGGGCCUUGCAAUGUUGGAUUACUUGAAAAGCAGUUUUUGCUUAUCCUCUCACAUUCUACCGUUGGUGGUUACCUCGAAACAUUAUGUGAAGGACAAUCAUCAGGAUGCAAAAAGGGUUUUGGCCAAACAGCUAAUACACAACGAAAACAACGAAAACGUCGAGAAUCACAACUAUCACCAGAGACACCGUAUGGAUCUGGUUCCACUAAACAAAGAGAUUUUUCCAAAUCUAUGGAUAAGCUUGGAUCACUUGCAGAGCUAUCCGAAGAUGAUGAAUCAUCCGAUUGA